CUUCUCUCCCCCACCCUUACCAAGCUUCCUCCAAACACUCCUCCCUCCCUCCCCUCCUCCCACUACCCAAAGCAGCAACUUAAAGAAAGAAGAAGCGGAGAGAGAGGAGCAUCUGCCGCCCGAUCCUUCAUCUGGGGGGAAUCUGAGCUCAGUCCCCCGACCGAGAGCGACCGUGAGCGGGGAGAGCUGUGUGAGAGGAGGGGUGAUAUCUGGACACCUCUUCUGAGCAGGUCUCAUUGAACCCUAUCAGGACCAUUCACUGACUGGCGGACUCUGUUUUAACGUUGUUUUAUGGUCUGUACCAGGAUAUAUCUAUAGAACAGACUGGACUUGUCACUUUUUAUUCUAUUUUAUCACCUUUUUUUUCGUUUAAUUUUAUGUAAAUUUUUGAAUUCUUAUUUUUUUGCUGUUGACGUACAUGCCCCUAGGAGAGCUUCUUCCAAGUGUUGCCAUCUGCAGUAGUUUGCUCCAAGACGCCGCCCGCUAUCCCGGCUUACCGGCCUGAUUGUGCCGCAGAGAUCUGACGCUAUUCGGACAUGUUGCUGGACGCUGGUCCCCAGUUCCCAGCUCUCGGUGUGGGCACCUUUGCCCGGCACCACCACCAUCACCACCACCAUGCCGCAGUGGCAGCCGCAGCUGCAGCGGCCGCAGAGAUGCAGGAGAGGGAGCUGAGUUUGGCGCAAAACAGCUUCGUGGAGCCGGCGCACAUGGGCGCCUUCAAGCUGAAUCCCGGAGGGGGCUCUGGGGGAGGCGGAGGGGGAGGCAGCGGGGGAGCCGGGGCACCCGUAGGCUCCGGGGCCAAUGGACCCCACGAUUUGUCCCCCCCGGGGCAGGGCUCGGCUUUCACCUCCCAGGCCGGGUACCCCGCCUCAGCCCUGGCCCCCCAUGCUGCAUACACCGGGCCAGCCUUCAACAGCCCCCGGGACUUCUUGUUCCGCGGCCGGGGGUUCGCAGAGGGUGCCGGGGCAGCGGGAGGGGGUCAGCACGGCUUGUUUGGGCCCCCAGCCAGCAGCCUGCACCACCACCCCCAUCACCACCAGCUGUCCCACGGAGAGCACCCCCAGAGCCACCUGCUGUUCCCCGGGAUCCACGAGCAACAUGCAGCCGCUACACAGAGCCCCCUGGGCGGCCAGAUGAGGCUGGGUCUGCCUGGGGAGGUGUUCGGCAGGACUGAGCAGUAUCGGCAGGUCACCAGCCCCAGGGGGGACCCCUACACCGCAGCCCAGCUCCACAACCAGUACGGCCCCAUGAACAUGGGCAUGAACAUGGCUGCCCACCACCAUCACCACCACCACCACCACCCGGGGGCCUUCUUCAGGUACAUGAGGCAACAGUGCAUCAAGCAGGAGCUCAUCUGCAAGUGGAUUGACCCCGAGCAGCUCAGUAACCCCAAGAAAAGCUGCAACAAGACUUUUAGCACAAUGCAUGAGCUGGUCACCCAUGUGUCUGUGGAGCAUGUUGGGGGCCCCGAGCAGAGCAACCAUAUCUGCUUCUGGGAGGAGUGCACCAGAGAGGGCAAGCCCUUCAAAGCCAAAUACAAACUGGUUAACCACAUCAGAGUGCACACUGGAGAGAAACCUUUCCCAUGCCCCUUUCCUGGAUGUGGCAAGGUCUUUGCCAGGUCAGAAAACCUUAAAAUCCACAAAAGGACUCACACAGGUAGGUGUCCUUCUAUUGCCCUUUUCUAGGGGGGAGGAGGGAGGGGGUAGGGGAACACCAGCCUCAGAAAUGUGAAUGGUUUUUGUCUUACUCUCUUGGUAAAAUGUCUGGCUUAAUCUUCCAUCUGCUUCUGGGCUACUCUAUGUACCCCAAAUAUUCCCUGCUAAAUGUCAUGUGAUGUGCUCUGCAUGUAUUUACAUGACUGUAAUGGACUCGGUGUUACAAGCCUGUUAGUGUUUGCUAUUGUCUAAGUUCUUUGGAAAGAGCUCAGAUGUUCAAUUGUGACCGUUUAGUUUGACGUGUAGUUUUCCUAGUAUUUAAAAAUAAAGAAAAAUGAAUUUUAAAAAGACUUCCCAAAAUAGCUCGAUGUACUACUUGUUCAUCUGCAUCCAAACUUCAGCGUUAGUAGUGACAUUACUUUAUUACAUUAUGAUGCACAAUGUACCAAAAAUUGAUACAUUGCCGCUAAGUUAAAAUGCCACUGAUUGUAUUUUUAUUGAGCUUACAUCUUCCCAAUUUUUAUUCAUUUUUUUUUUCUCUUCACUAACUAAUAAAAAAUAAAACAUUUAAGACCCUUCCACAUUUUUAGCACGGCAACUAUAAAUAUUUGGGAGGAUGUGAGGCCCACUUAAUGGUGUGUGUGUGUUGGGACUGAAUUCAGGUGCUAGACGAGAUUUAACAAGGUUUAAAAUUAAAAGCAUUUCUUUGCACGGAAAGUCGGCAUUAAACUCCUGUAUGUGAACAGAUGUCUCUUUUAUAAACAAUUUAGGUGCUAAUGGAAUUUAAUGCUAAGUGGAUUCCCUCCAAAUGGAGGAUAUUUGAGUGAUCACACCUCUAAAUUGCUCCAAACAGCAUAACAUUUGGAUAUAUGGUGACUGGGGGAAGGGACAGGCUGUGAAAAGCAAAUGAAUGCUUUUUAAAUGUAUUUGCCCCUUUUUUUCUUUACAAGCUGCUUGUUUACUCCACCUGUGUGAAUAAGCCUAACAAUCGUUCCUGACUAGUUUGCAAAUGAACGACAAUUUACAUGUCUUUCCCCGGGGCACAGACAAAAAGCCAUUAAAAUCCAGCCUUGACAAUGUUUCGUUUGGUUUUGUUGUGGGUUUUUUUUUGGGUCUUGAGAACCCGCUGCAAUCUAGCUAUGUGAAUUCUCUAAAGUACGAAUAGAAUAGUUUAAUUUAACGAAGACCGUAAUUGGAACAUUGCUUCUAGUGAUCAGUUUGGUGGUAGCCAUUGUUUUUCCCAUGGAUUGGUCUCAUUAUUUUUCUUUCCCUUGUAUCCAGGAGAGAAGCCUUUCCAGUGCGAAUUUGAAGGAUGCGAUAGACGCUUCGCUAACAGUAGCGAUAGGAAGAAACACAUGCAUGUCCAUACCUCGGACAAGCCCUAUCUGUGCAAGAUGUGUGACAAGUCCUACACCCACCCCAGCUCCCUGAGGAAGCAUAUGAAGGUAAGAAAGGUCGCAACACUUCCCUGCACGUUUGGCAGGCUGGACUGCUGAGAGUUUUAGUUAAAGCUGAAUAUAUAUAUUUCUCAUUUUUAGCCGCUUUUAAUAUUUGCUUUAAGUGGUUUUAAUGUGUAUCUAUCUUUAUAGAAUUACACUGUGUAUUUAUCUACAUCAUCCAGAAAUAAACGUCAUGUUUGUUUUCCCACGAAUAAUGGACAUUAAUGACCAUCAGGGCUUGUCAAAAAUAUUUUUCCUCCUUCGCUGUGUGCAGUUAUACGUCGGUGGUUAUAAUUUUAAUGCGCUGUGUGCACUAGUACCCUUUGCCUUACAAUUUUUUAUAAUUUAAAAAAAAAAAAAAAAAAUAUUUUAAAGAAAAGUUUAAAAAAUAUAUUUUCAAACAGUAUGUCUGUGUAAAAACUGGUUCAUGCAUUGUCUAGUGAAUAAAUCUAAAAGUACGUACAGUACACAGACUGGUGAAUUGAAAACCAAAUUGCCAAAUCGAGGCUAAAAUAGACAAACUUUGACUAAUUUGGGUAAACUUUCCAGAUCGUGUAUUUUUUUUUUUUCUUGCAAUAUGAUUUAGAUUUAGAUUUGAAUGCGCUGCAAUUCUAAAUUUACAUCUAUAUAUAUAUAUAUAUAUAUAUAUAUAUAUAUAUAUAUAUAUAUAUAUAUAUAUAUAUAUAUAUUUUUUUUUUUAUUCUACAUUUUCCUCUUUAACACGUAGGAAUUAUUUUAUUUCUGUGGUAAUGGGUAGGCGUUUGGUUUAUUUAUUUUUCAUCCCUAGAUUGCCUUUUUAAAUACAUUUCUGAUCACUAAAUUUUUUUUUUUUUUUUUCCCUCUUUUCCAUAGGUCCACGAGUCCUCUCCACAAGGCUCCGAGUCGUCACCCGCUGCCAGCUCUGGCUAUGAGUCUUCAACUCCCCCAGGUCUGGUGUCCCCAAACACUGAAACACAGAGCACUAACCUGUCCCCAGCCAGCGCCGCAGUGAAUGUUGUACACAGUGUAUCCAAUGGGCCUGGGGGAGCUCUAUCUUCAAAUUUCAAUGAAUGGUACGUCUAGGGGCCCUUGCAUGGCUUCUUCAGGACUCUAUAGGCCACCAGAGACAUUGCAGGACUCACCACUGAGCAGAUAUAGACCCUGGGCUUGUAAGAGUUCUUUGGGGAUUUGUGAAAAGCACACACAUACACACACACCAGCAGAGUGCUAAAAAACACAAUGUACAGUGACCAAGAGGAUGCAGGAACAGAGCUCAAGCAAAUGGUUAUUUAUCCCUCUUCCUUCUAAAAUGAAAAGUCUGAUUUGUAAUCUAGCUACGUACCUACCUAUCUACCCUAACAUGUUCUCAUUACAUGAACAUGGGUUGAAGUGACUUUAAUCUGGACCUCUUGCAAUGUAUGUCUCAUUCCUUUGUACAUAGGACUCUGCAUAACAAGGGAUGGGUUUUCUUUCUUUAAAGACAUCAAUUGGGGGGAGGGGAGGUGGAAGAGUUAAAAUUUCCCCUUUUUUAUGUUUUUUUUUUUUUUUCCAAUUUUUAUUUUAUUUUUUUAUUGUGAUCUUUACGUAUUGUCCUACUUUUUUUUUUGUUUGUUUGUUUGUUUUUUUUUGUUUUGUUUUAUUAACGAAACUUGAUUGUAAUUUUCAUGCAGCUGGGCUGGGAAACAAUAAAACUCUGUGCCAAAGUCUCUACUGUUUGUCUAAACUAUAACAGGCGUUCACUUAUACACCAGGCUCGUGAAUGUACUUUAUUUCUGUUAACUGGGGAGGGGAGGGGGUGUCCAUGUGCUGUUUUUUGUGCUUUUUGCAAGUUCGAUUUACUCUUAAUGUUUAAAAAGACCGCUGGGAGGGGGAAUGUAAUCGUUGUGCAGUCUGCUUCUUCCCAUAACAUCAGCCUUUCUCCUGUAAAUAGCCCUUUUACCAUAUUUAUCCAUUUGUAAUUAAAUUAUGAUAUUAACUUACUACAGAGGAAAC